ACACAGAAAGACCUACUGGUUCAUGUAAAGUAUAACCUGGGAACACACAGUAAGACCUACUGGUUCAUGUAAAGUAUGAACCUGGGAAUACUCAAUAAAACCUACUGGUUCUUGUAAAGUAUGAACCUGAGAGCACACAGAAAGACCUACUGGUUCUUGUUAAGUAAGUCCUCCUCUCGCUAGCUACUCCCACUCAUUUACCUAAACUAAUUUUAAAACCACUCCAAGUUUUUGGACUCAAGCCUAACUCAAAUCUCUCUCUUUUCAGUGGCAGCAGAGAUGCUGAGAUGAGCUGAUGUGAACCCAUGUGCAAGACAUACUGCCAGCUGCACCUGCAAGCCUCUCUCAUAGUGACCGUCGUCCUUGAAAUACCAGAUAUACGUGCUAUGAGCUAAUGAAAUAUUCCCCUUGGAAGAGCAACUGUUUGUAACAGAAAAAAGCUGUUGUGCAGAAGAACUCAAACAUUAUUAUUAUGCUAGAAACGAAUUAGUGUCCACUACACACAUUACAGCAGUAACUCUUCUUUCUGUCAGCCAACUCUAUUAAGAAAUAACCUUGGUACUGGCAGGAAAUUAGAGGCGGAUAUAUAAUGGCGACUCACGAUAGUAGAAUAUUCCGGGAUGCCAGAAGAGAGGCAUCGUGGCUCUCAGUGCGACAAUGUGUGGGGGGGGUAGACAAACAGGUAUGAUCCUCUCAGCUUCCAUCCCUGGCCUAUAUACUGGCGGUCAUUCUCUGUACCUACCACAACACACAUGGAGUACUAUAUGACCGUACGCUGACCUCUUAUGACAAUCAGCAAUUAUUCUUUAAAACAUUAAGAAGAUGGAUCAGAGUGUAAAUCUGUUGUGAUUUUUAAAACAUAAGAUAGCAAUACUGACGUUUUAACUAAUUUUGUGAAGUUACUCAACUAAAACCAUCUCUGUAAAAGAAAACGCAUUUAUAUUAGAAUAUUUGCCUCAAGAUUAAAAAGAAAAAGAGAUAUAUUUUUGUAUACUAAAAUCACAUGCAGAAUUUUUCCUAAACACCGCUCAUAAUUUAGCACGUCUCAAGUGUUUUUCAUGAAUUAACAACACACGAAAUAUUAAAAAGCAGUAUUUUACAGAGAGAAUUAUUGUGUUACCUGGCGUCCUCUACAAUCCAUGUAUUGUACAUUGUGUGUUCAUCGUUGUUUUAUGGAAUAUAUAUAUAAAUAUAUAUGGCAGUGUUUGACACUGGUUGUUUCUAGCUGUAGGUUAAGUGAAUGUCAGAGUACUUCCUCUUCAGACAUUUCUGGUGCAUACUAAACCAUUCAUAUACCAACUAUUACAUGUUGUAAACUAAUUAUUCAUUGAUGUUCAGUAGCACAAAUGUGCUUAUGUGUGUAAAUUACCCAACACAAACACCACUGCUAAAGUGAUAUCAAGGUGUUCCUGGCGCAGGUGUUUUAAGCUUUAAUGUUAAAAGUAAAUUUGUAUAUACGGGCUCAAAAGCACUUAUGAAUAAAACUAAAAGCUAUAGUCUUGACUGCACUUAUGAAUAAAACUGGAAAGCUAUAGUCUUGACUGCACUUAUGAAUAAAACUGGAAAGCUAUAGUCUUGACUGCACUUAUGAAUAAAACUGGAAAGCUAUAGUCUUGACUGCACUUAUGAAUAAAACUAAAAGCUAUAGUCUUGACUGCACUUAUGAAUAAAACUGGAAAGCUAUAGUCUUGACUGCACUUAUGAAUAAAACUGGAAAGCUAUAGUCUUGACUGCACUCAUGAAUAAAACUGAAAAGCUAUAGUCUUGACUGCACUCAUGAAUAAAACUGAAAAGCUAUAGUCUUGACUGCAAUGUAAUCAGUCACAUUUAUUGUAGAAGAAAGGUGUCACAGCUAAAGUUCUUUAAUUAUCUAAUAUGCUUCCAAAGUAAUUUCCCUAGUAAACAAAAAACUUUUCCAGUACGGAAGCAACACCUAUUGAAACGGUUGUAUUCGGUGAUAAAAAAAACAUAUUGACUGAAUAACUUAUUGGUUGUGUUAAUUAGCUUAUUUUUUAUUUAAAAAAACGUAUUACAAAAUUGUGCUGUCAGUAGUUCAUGUAUAUGUCAUAUGUAUGAUUCAGUCUGUAUGAAAGAGGUGCAACAAGCCUCUCCUCCAAGAAACUAGGUGCUGUGUUACUGCUGUGCCAGCAACACUGCUGUAGCUGCACUAUUUAGACCUCUCAUCUUCCUUUUUAAGAGUAACACUUCCAGUCCUGUUCCAGCAUAAGCCAUUUUUAUAUCAGUGUUUUCUAGCUGAUGCAGUGAUACUGUGAACAUAUAAAAUGUCGUGAAGUUUCUUUGGUGCUUGAAAAUUAAUGUGCUGACGGUGCUUUAAGAAAAUUUAACUAAAAUUAUGCAGUAAAAAUAUUGAGCAGUAAAAACAAAUAAAACCCAGUAAACUUCCAUUGCAUUGAGAUAGGUGAGAAAUGUGACUUCCAUGCUUCGAGGAACAGCUGUAAUGGGUGAGGCAGGAGAGCUCAGCACUGAGACGUGGGUUGCUGAGGGCAUCGCCAACGUCAGUGUGGGCACCUCGGCAGACACAGAGAGUGGACCAGAAUGGGCAGACCUAACUGUGGGCAUAGUGAAGGGAGUGUGCAUGGCAGUGAUUAUUGUCUGCGCAGUGUUGGGUAACCUGCUUGUAGUGGUGAGUGUGGUCCGUCAUCGCCGACUCCGUAUAAUUACUAACUACUUUGUGGUUUCCCUUGCCAUCGCAGAUAUAUUGGUAGCUCUCAUGGCUAUGCCUUUUAAUGCCAGUGUUGAAAUUACUGGACGUUGGUUGUUCAGCUACCGUAUGUGUGACCUGUGGAAUUCUUUUGAUGUCUUUGCGUCCACUGUGUCCAUCCUACAUUUGUGUUGCAUCAGUAUUGAUCGUUACUAUGCUAUCGUGCGACCUCUUGAGUACCCUAUGGUUAUGACUGAGGGUCGUGUAAUGGUGAUGCUGUGUCAUGUCUGGGUCGCCCCACUAGUCAUCUCCUUCCUGCCCAUUUUUAUGGGUUGGUACACUACUGAUGAACACUUGGCCAAGCGAGCUGCCAACCCUAGCCUCUGUAUUUUCGAAGUCAACUCCACAUAUGCAGUGGUGUCAUCAUCAAUUUCUUUCUGGAUGCCAUGCAGUGUAAUGGUUUACAUGUACUACCGCAUCUACCUAGAAGCUGCACGUCAAGAGCGCAUGUUGCAUCGUCAUACAAGACUGUCCAGUGCAUCCCAGGCCUCGCACGCUGCUGUCUUGGUAUCCAACAACUCUACCAACACUACUAUCACUACAGCCAGCAUAGGCAGUAACGGGGUGGGUUCCGACACUACUGUCAGCUUGGGUCUAGCCAGCGGGGGAUCAGGUCGUCGUCUUAUGAACCAUCGGCCCUCCAGUGAUACCCAGGAAGCCACCCCUACCAAGGAGCGCAACCUCAUCAAGCUGAAACGUGAGCACAAGGCAGCCCGCACGCUGGGCAUCAUCAUGGGUGCAUUCAUCGUGUGCUGGCUCCCAUUCUUCACCUGGUACGUUACAAUCACACUCUGCGGCCAAGCUUGCCCUUGUCCUGAAAUUAUAGUUUCAAUCCUCUUCUGGAUCGGCUAUUUUAAUUCCAUGCUCAAUCCUGCUAUUUAUGCAUACUUCAACCGCGACUUUCGGGAAGCGUUUCGACGAACUCUUCAGUGUGUCUUUUGUUGCGGUCGACCAGUGGACCCGUGGCGAGGGCAAUUAGGGCCACCCUACGAUUCUGACCUCUGCCUUCAACACAACGGACAUUCCACCGUCAUCAAAGCAAAAACGCGACGUUAUAGCACUGAAUGUGGUGUUUAAGACUUCCUUGCCCCUUCCCUCUCUGUAACCUCUGUACACACGCAUCAUAAGAGUCUAUUUUGGGUAGAUGUCUCUAAUGUAUAGGUUCAGCCUUGGUCCUCAAGAGGCACAAGCCAGACCAAUUGUGUUAGAUCUCAUAAAUAGACAUGUAUUACAUUA